AUGCUCGACCACACGGCAUACCCGUCCAUCAUCGCCGCGAUCCUAUCGUACGCCGACAUCCCCACGCGCCUAGCCUUCUCCUGCACGUCGCGGGCGUACCGAACUCAAAUCACAGCCGAGCUGCUCCACCACGUCGCCCUGCGCGCCGACGAUGGCCGCCUGUCCUUCCGCGCCGCAGACUCGACGCAACUACCGUACCUCCCCGCCCUCGUCCACGUCCUAGACCUCGACGGCGACUCGUACGCCCCCGCAGUGCCCCCAGCACCGGGUAUAACCACCCUCCCCCGCCCGCUACGGGACGCGCUCACCUCCCUCCGUCUCGUGCGGCGCCGCGGAACAGCAACGCAGGACGUGAACGAUCCUUACAAGUUCGAAUUUGUGCCCACGGUUGUCGACUUUCUCGACCUCGACUAUGGCGUGCAGAUCACCGCUGUGGGGGAUUACGACCUCGGCCUCAGCACGCAGCGCCACGUGCUCCAUCUGCGCUGGGAUGACGAUAUGCCGAUAGACGCGGAUGACGGGCGGCUGAUACACGACACCGAGUUCUUGUUCCACCAGAAGGCGGAGUUCGACUACGUGCUAGUCGUGCAGGGGUACGCGUCGGCAGGUCGGGCGAGGUUGGCCUCGGCGCUGGAGGUCCUCCGGAUCGUCCUCUCCGGGCUGGCGGAGAGCGCGCUGGAGCCCGACGCCUCGAUGCGGAUCACGAUCGUCGGCCUCGAGACGACCGACAUGGUGCUGCCCCAUCCGGUGGCUGUGCCCGAAGGGCUGGACGUGCCGGAGCCGUUGAGGCAGGCGGCCGCGUUCCUUGAGAAUGCGGUUGGCAGCAUACACGACUACGAGUACGAGGAGCCUUCCAGCGCGCUCUUCCGGCGCAUGGUGCGGUUCGCUACCCUUGAGGAGUGGCGCGGGGGUUUGGAGGAGGAGGAGAGGGCGGUGGUGGGGCAGUGGGACGAGUUGUGA